AUGUCUGAAUCACCAUCUUUAUCGGCACGGUCAUACAACUCGGUUCUCGACUUCAAGUCCGGCCACACACCUUCUUCUCCGUUAUCGUCGCCUUUGUCCUCCUCUGCAGCAGGCAGGAAUAAUCAAGGAUGGGUUGUCCAAAAAUUCGGCGGAACUUCUGUUGGUAAGUUUGCCGAGGAAAUUGUGGAAAACAUUGUACGAGUAUUCAACAAGCUGAACAAAGUCGCCGUUGUUUGCUCAGCAAGAUCCUCUAACACUAAGCUGGAGGGUACCACUUCUCGUUUGAUCCGACUGGCAGAGUUGGCUUCGAAUAACCAAGAUUACGAAUCUCUCUUAAGUGUCAUUGAGCAAGAUCAUAUCGACAAUUGUACCAACUUGAUCAAGUUACUGGCGAUCAAGAACCACUUGAUGAAUGACAUCAAGGCCGAAAUCCAACAUGGAAGAGAAUUGCUCCAUGCGUGCCAAAUCAUUGGCGAGAUCAGCCCUAGGUCUCUAGACUCUAUAAUGUCAAUGGGUGAAAAAUUGAGCUGUUUGUUUAUGACUGCAUUGAUGCAGGACCAUGAUCUCAAGGCCGUGUACAUCAACUUAUCGGACUUGAUUCCGCUGAAUUACAAUUUUGUUAAUGGAUUUGAUGAUAAGUUUUACCAGUUCAUCUCAGAAGAGAUUGCAUCUAGAAUUAACGAAGCAGUAAGCGGAAGUGAAGAAGUUGGUGAAAAAGGUGAGAAUAACGAUGUCGAUAAUGAUGUCAUUCCCGUGCUUACCGGCUACUUUGGUGUCGUACCAGGUGGAUUACUCAAUGGUGUUGGAAGAGGUUACACCGAUCUUUGUGCAGCAUUAGCUGCAGUGGGACUUCAAGCUGAAGAACUACAAAUUUGGAAAGAAGUCGAUGGAAUCUUUACAGCUGACCCCAGAAAAGUGCCCAAUGCUCGAUUGUUGGAAAGUGUCACACCUGAAGAAGCGGCUGAAUUAACGUAUUACGGGAGUGAGGUUAUCCACCCCUUCACCAUGGAGCAAGUCAUCAAGGCAAGAAUUCCCAUCAGAAUCAAAAAUGUUGAAAACCCAAAGGGUAAAGGAACCAUUAUUUACCCUGACAAUAUCGCUAGACGUGGCGAGCAAACUCCACCACAUCCACCUGCAGCAUAUGAGACUUUAUCACAAAGCUACAUCUCGCUGCACAAGAAGCGGUCUGCAACUGCAAUUACUGCAAAACAAGACAUUGUGGUUAUCAACAUUCACUCGAAUAAAAAAACUCUCAGUCAUGGUUUCCUUGCACACAUUUUCACUACACUAGAUAAGUACAAACUUGUUGUUGACUUGAUCUCCACCUCAGAAGUUCAUGUUUCCAUGGCGUUAUCAAUCCAGAAUGAUCAGGAACAACAAUUGAAAAAUGCUAUUCAAGAGUUGAAAAAAAUGGGAGAAGUCGACGUUACAAAGAACAUGACCAUUAUCUCGCUUGUUGGUAAGCAAAUGGUCAAUUUUAUUGGCAUUGCAGGCAAUAUGUUUAAGAUCUUGGCAGAUGAGCAAAUCAACAUUGAGAUGAUUAGUCAAGGUGCUAAUGAAAUCAAUAUUAGCGCUGUGAUUAAUGAAAAAGAUACUUUGCGGGCUUUGAGAUCCGUGCACGCACAGCUUUUGGAAGGAAAGCAUCAUUUGUAUGAGAACCCAGAGAGUGCAUCUGCUGUGGAUAUCAGAUUGGAAGCAUUGAAGAUGCUGUAA